CUUGUGCACCGCAGAAGCCACAUCUCUCGAGUUUUUCAAAUAUUAUAGAACGUAGAUUGUCCGUUGUAAUUUAUGCUAACGAAAGCACUGUUUUUGCAGAUGUUUCGAAUGCUGGAGAGGAUUAGUCCGAGGACAAGAAAAUUAGAGUUGUUUGCUCGCAUGCACAACACUCAUGCAGGGUGGUUGUCACUUGGUAAUCAGUUGAGCGGCGCACGAUUAGUAGAAGAAGGGCUGCAAGCAAGAUUUAAGCAGGCUUACCCUGAUGUCGAGGUGCAACCGGCGUCUCCUCCAAGGGCUUCGGUGAUGGAAGUUGACUCGGCUGCUGCUCAUAUUAUGAGUCUGUUUGCAGCAGCGGACCCCAAGUCUGCUUCCGCGCAGUUUUCAGAACCUGCAGUUUCUGGAGCUAUGGAGGUCGAUAUAGUGAGCUAGAAUGGCGCCAUCCGGUGGAGUGAUGAAGUAAUUAAACAUCAGUUUGACUAUUUGCAAUGUUACUGCCUUUUGGGUGUUGGCCAUUUGUUCCUUGUAAUUGUCGAUUGGAUUCAACAAUUUCGGCCGCAGAUGUCCUUGGAUUAUUCUGUACAAUGAUGUCAAAGCGAGACAAUAAGAUCGAUGGGGAAUUCCCGCCAGAUGUUGUCACUGAUGCAUCCUGAUGUGCU